UUUCUUUAUUGUGAAUCCAUUGAAUGGUUCGGUAUUGCGUUGUUAUUCUGUGUUAGUAUCGAGUUGUUUAUAUUGGAGCCAGUCCGUUAUUCAAUUUAAAUACUUGAGUGGAUUUCCGGACGCAAAAGUGUUUUUUAUUCCAGUAUUUUAACUAAAAAUGUUAUUCAUACAAUAUUAAAAACAUGUAUUAGGUACUUAAAUGCUACUUUACAUACUACGUGGCCGUGAAAAUCGUUUGUAAUUGCACAGAGGAUAAAACACUUAGCAGAAGAUAUUUCCAAGAUGUCUUCGUACUCGUCGCUCGCCGCCAAGCAUUUAAAUCAGCGGCACGGGAACACGUAUAAGCGCUAUUACACUAAUCCUCAGCUCGAGGAAUGUUAUAACAAAGAUCAACUCAUAGAACAAGUGCAUACGACGUUUCCGUGGUGUCGCGUGGACAAAGUGCACAACGUGUACGCCACACACAUGUACGGCUUGUACCUGUUGCGCAGGGAGGAAAUACGGUUGGAGACCGGAGCGGCCGACUGCGAAAUGACACUGUACCACGUGACCACCGAGCAGAGGGCCAAGGAGUCGCUGGAGCACGGGCUGGACUGGCGGCGGACCAAGCGCUCCAGGUUCGGGCGCGGCGUGUCUUUCAGCGACGACGCAGAUUACGCGGACUAUUUCGCGGACAACAGAACCGGCGAAGUCAAACGUGUGAUAAUGGUUUGCACUGUGCUGGUGCACAAGACGUCUACUAAGAUAGUGAAGCCGAACUCGGGAUUGAGCAUACCGCCCGAAAAUGCAGACACCACGAUGAGCCCCAACGGACGCGUGUACGUCAAAUACAACGACUACGAGUUCUAUCCGCUACAUUUUGUGUACUACGAACGAAGAUUGGAAGACUUAUCGAUGAGCCGUUACUUCAACAAAAAUCACAAGAACAAUUUUAAAAAUGGCCAACUUUUACCCACGACAGCAGAACGGUAUGAACACCAAAGACAGAAUGAAUUGUUGAGGCGGCAAAAGCAGCAGAAACAGGAUGAAUUGCUAAGACGGCAAAGGCAGAGACAGAAUGAAUUUCUAAAGCAGCAAGAGCAGAAAAGAUAUUUUGAGCAAACGAGGCGGCAAGAGCAGCAGAGAAAGCAACAUCAGUACAAUCAUCAGCUCAACAUUCAACAGCGCACCCGAAAUGAAAGAAACAACGGAUGUCUCAUACUUUAAUCUUAAUUUCUAUAUUCUGAUAAGAUAUAAUUAUAUAUUUGGUAAAAUGACAGUUCGUAUUGUAUAAUUAACAAUGAAAAAAAAUUA